CGCUUUCGAUUUAAUACUUGCAUCCUGAAGGUACAGAUGAACACGAAUGGACUUUGUUUCUCAGGUUGUACUAUUAACUCGUUCAUAUUACAGGAAUAGAUUCUGAAAUAAACAGCUCACUUAUAACGUAAAUGAUUACGCCACCAAUAUUUUAUGAAUGUGACCCAAAGUGCUGCUAAUGGAGGCUGGAGCUGUGCCAGCUGCAGGUCCUGAUGAUGUAAUGGACACCCCACCAGUGACUGAUGACCCCACUGUCACACAAGAAACGAGAGAUGAUGAUGAAAACACAAGCCCUGAUAUGGACAUUAAAGAGGCUCUCAUUAAAUCUGAGCAAGAAUCUACUACUGAGGACCCAGAUACUGAAGAUAAAGUCCACUUUGACAGUACAGGUCAGACUACUAUCAAUGCAGCAGGCCAAAUAACAACAGUAGAACAUGAGGGAGAAGGCAUUGCAGUAGGUGUGGCUGGUUGCACAGGAACAAUGCCUAAAACAUCCCAGCCUGAUUUCAGCACAGAGAAGACCAGGAUGGAACCAGAAUCACAGUCAGAUGGACAUGUGGACAGUAUCAACUCGGCAAACAAACCAUUAAAAGAAGAUGGUCAAGAAGAAUUGAACAGCACAACACACAAAGCUUCACAAACUGAUGGUCCUGCAGAAAUGAUCACUGCAACAUUUGGACCAUCAGAGUGCAGUGUUUCACUCCUCAGUGAAAUGAAUCAGAAAGUUCAGAGUCUCAACAUUGUGGUGUUUGGAAACAUUUCUACAGUCUCCUUUGGAGAUGAGAACAUCCUACUUGGACAACAGCAAGUUCCUCUAGAACCACCCCACUUACCCAGAGCAAGAACUGUUUCAGGGCGAAUCAUUUCAGUGAUCAAUAUACUUGACUUACAUGAGGGAGAACUCUACCUGGACCCUGUAGAUCAUGCCAUUGAUCAGUUAUUCACAGAAAACAAUAUCCAUUCUUUCAUCUUUGCUUUAAAACUUGGUCAGUUAACGGAUGAUGAUAUGGCAGGACUAGAAUGGCUGCAGAGAAAGUUUGGAGAAAAUGUUCUUUCAUUUGUGAUAAUUCUCUUCACUUACGAGAGAGAGGAGGCCUGUGACACCAUUAUAGAUGACCUGAAGAAAAACAGUGUUCUAGAGGAGCUGCUGAAGAAGUGUGGAGACAGAUAUCACACCUGCAGCAAGAGCAUGAACAACCAAUCAGAGAUGAGAACACUGCUGGAGAAGAUUGACCAUCUGGUCUCUGAAAACAAACAACACUGCUACACUGCUGACCAAACAUCCUUAAAGACCAGGGAAAAACAACGUGUUAGGAGCCAAAUAACUGCUAGAGCUGCAGUUCAGAUUCAAGAAGACGACAUUGACUCCCUAAGCAUCAGUCAGGACCCAAAUAUACAAAGAAAGGGAGAAGUGGCAGACUUGGGAGCAACAGAAGAUGUACCAGGCCCAAGUGAAAAAGAUAAGCUUAAAAGGGAACAGAUAAAUGAUCUUUUUCACAGACUCAACAAUGGUGCCCAACAUACACUAAUAAUUGCUGACUUUCUCAAAAUAACAGCCUCAUCAUUAAAUUGCCAUGAACACUGUGAGGAGAAAGAUUUGGUUCAUACAUUCCUACAAAGACUGCUGAUGAUGGACUACACAGCAAGGUACAUCCCAGUUAGAGAGCAGGACACUAAUACCAGCACACAACAGAAAGCUGCAGAUGAAAUAGAUAUUUUUGCUGCCCUUUUUGUCAAGGAAACUGUAGUGGUUGAUAGGGCAACACAGCUGGCCCAGGUUCACCCAAUGGAUAUUCAGAUGGUUGCUUUUCACAGUGCAGACCACUUCCUUCGACAAUUAAUGGUGGCUAAGCUUUCACAGUGCCAGUACGCUGUACCUCUGAUUGUUCCAAACCCCUUCAGCGGUGUACUCGAAUUUCCAUUGUGGUCACUGCGGCAAAUUAAAAAAACGUGGAAAUCAAAGGAUAAUAUAGGUAAUAUCACAAACAAAAACAAAUCAAUGUAUGAAGCUGAAACUCCAAUGGUGGCUUUCUUCAGACUGGGUUCUGUGUCACCAUCCAAGUCACAAAUGAUUAACAGCUUGAUCAAUGAACGACACCAUACGUUUUUUGACAGAAAUUGCACACAGAGCAGCAAAACCCGACAUCUGAUGGAUGGAGUUGUUGAAAUUGCCUGGUAUUGUCCAGCUGGAAAGACCUCUGAUUCAUUCUCCGACUGCAUUGCCUUCUGUAAUCUUCACGGUGAUGCAGGAAUCAAUUCUGUCCAGCGUGAUAUUUUGAUAAAAAUGGCCACAGUAAUUGUUGUCCUUAUACCAAAACUUGGUAAGGAUGACAAUAAUAUGACAAUAGUUAAGGACCUCUCAAUGUCCCCAAAGCCUCUAAUUUUUCUUCUCACAGAUGAUGACUCAGCUGUUCAGAAAAUGUAUAAUGGAAAGUUCAAACUUGGUGUGAAGAACAGAAGUCAAUCUGAUGUGGCUAAAGAAUUAAGAAAGACAAUCCAAGAAUGUUGCACAAAAUCCUCUACUUUUAAACUUGAGAAUGUUGGCCAACAUGCUGCAAUAGUAGUGGAUGAAGAGUCGGGAGACUGUCAGAGUGCAAAGGAAGCAGCAAACCGGAUCAUGAGUCUGCUGCAACAUGAAGACCUGGCAAACAUCAAAAUUAAAUACUUACCCUGUCAAGGAAAACUGUGGCAUGACUGGUGUCAGAAGAACAAAGAUCUUUAUCGCUUAAUGGGGAACCUGGAAAAACAUAAAACAUCCCUAAAACAUGAAAUGAAUCAAAUUCGAAGUCAGCAGAAUAAAUGUGCUUUCAGUCAUCUUAUGAAGCUGUUUCUUCACAGUCUGAACACACUAACAAAAAAUGAAAGAGUAUAUCUUCUCAAGUGGGUUGGAAUUCUACUAGACAGACUUACUUCAGAUUAUCUAUCUGAACGUCUUCAUGCAUAUGAUGAGAAAUGGUCCACAGUUUUGGAUCUGAAGAAAAAACAGAAUAAAUCAGCAUCACUGACAUGUCACCAAGCAGAGCUUGAACAAAUUUCAAAAGAGUUGAAUGCAGCAACCUUUGGUGUAGAGCACAUCCUUAGAGAAAUGGGUCAAAUAUAUGAAUCUUGUAAUUCAAUAAAAAGCACAGAAAAAAACAAGUGUGAGCAACUAAACUUCUCCUCCCUCCCUCAGCAAGCUGCAGAAAUAAUUAUAUCUGGAUACCCAAUGGAACUGAUGGAUGGUGAUGCUGCUCAUGUUCCUCUGGUCUGGGUUUCAGCAGUUCUAGAUGAACUCAUCAAGAUCUUGGGAAACCAGAGAGUCUUUGUGCUGUCAGUCUUGGGGAUCCAGAGCUCUGGGAAAUCCACCAUGCUGAAUGCCAUGUUUGGAUUCCAGUUUGCAGUCAGUGCAGGCAGAUGCACCAGAGGAGCCUUCAUGCAGCUGGUCAAAGUGUCACAGGAGAUGAAGGCAGAACUGAAGUUUGACUACAUUUUAGUUGUUGACACUGAAGGUCUCAGAGCUUUAGAGUUAGAUGGAAAAGCAACCAUACAUCAUGACAAUGAACUAGCUACAUUUGUCAUAGGGCUUGGAAAUUUAACUUUGAUCAACAUUUUUGGAGAGAACCCUGCUGAGAUGCAGGACAUACUUCAGAUUGUUGUUCAAGCCUUCCUGAGAAUGAAGAAGGUCAGACUGAUCCCCAGUUGCAUGUUUGUGCAUCAAAAUGUUGGAGACAUCACUGCUGGUGAGAAAACUAUGGAGGGAAGAAGACGUUUGCAAGGGAAACUAGAUGAGAUGACUAAGUUGGCAGCUAAAGAGGAAGUCUGUGAUGCUGAAUGUUUCAGUGAUAUCAUAGAAUUCAAUGUUCAGACAGAUGUGAAGUACUUUGCACAGCUGUGGGAGGGCAGUCCACCAAUGGCACCACCAAACCCAUGCUACAGUGAAAAUAUUCAAGAGCUGAAGAGAAACAUUCUCUCUAAAAUCUCCACAAACAGAGGUAUAACACUCUCACAGUUCAAAGCAAGCAUUAGUGAUUUAUGGAAUGCACUUCUGAAUGAAAAUUUUGUGUUUAGCUUCAGAAACACUUUAGAGGUGGCAGCUUACAGGAAAUUGGAGCAGGAGUACAGUAAAUGGACCUGGAGCCUAAGGAGUGCUAUGAUGGCACUUGAGAACAAACUACACAACCGAGUCAUCAAUGAAAAGUCAUUAAAGGUUGAGGAAAAAGAUAUUGUAUCACAAAUGAAAGAGACAAAGAAAGAAGUAGAUAAAUCAGUUGAUCACUUCUUCAGCAAAGACCAUGAUAAAGAAAUUUUAAUCCAGUGGCGUGAUAGGUUUGAGAGAAAAAUAGUGGACCUUUACAGUGAGCUUGUGGAACGGACAAAAAGAAAGUUGAAUCAGGUUUGUCAACAGAAAAUUGCGAUAGAGAAGAUAGAUGAACAGAAGAAAAUGUAUGAAAAUAAGCUCUUUAAACUAAGCAAAGAGCUUGCACUGAGUCUAAACAAAAAGAAAACUGAUGAAAAUACACUCAAGAGCAAAUUUAAUGAUAUUUGGUCAAGGUGGGUCACUGAUUUGACCCAGGAUGCACCACCAGUUGGUGACAUUGAUAUUUGGGGUGAUGUGAUAAAGAUUUUGACCGAAACUUAUGAACUGUCUCUUGUUUGUGAUCGUCAGGGUCAGGAUAAUUACAAAAGCAUUGAUGUUUUAGGUAAUUAUUCAGACUAUGUGAUUUUUAAAAAGCUUCGAGAUCAUCCUCAAGCAAGUCAGCAGCCAACAGAGGAAUAUAGUAUGUUUAAUCAAAUUAGCUAUCAAAUAUGCAAUACUGCAAAACAGUUGUACUCCAAGUGGAAUAAGAACAAUAAAAAGUCAGAAAAUGAGCCAAAAGCAAAUUUGUUAUCAGCAGAGGAUAAUAGUCUUUUAAGGGCCCUUGCUGGAAAUGCUUUUCAAAAAACAAAAAAAGAAAUUCAGCGCAUCUCCAGUGCAGAAACCGGGUACAAUCAUAGCUACAUUCAACAAAUAAUUGAAUCUGUUAAAAUCAGUGUAAAUGCACAUGAAUCAAAGUCUGGAUAUAUGCUCAAAAGAGAAUUUAGUGUAGAUCUCUGCCUCUACGUCUGUGACUUUGCAGUUGAACAGUUUACUGAGCUACACAAGAAAUUCAAGGAAUCCAGUGAUGUGAGAGGGUACCUGGAAAAACAGAGGCCUCAGUACUUCAGAGUCUUCAAGAACUACUGCAGCGGCGCAACCUCUACAGCUGUGUUUGGUGAGUUCAUUGUGGAGAAACUUGAGCCUUCCAUCCUGCAAGCAGCAUAUGAUCAAACUGCCAUUGAUCUGACUGAGAAAAUGAAAUGUGAAGUUCCAGCCUUUAGUGGAAACCGGUCGAACCUAGAAAAACACAUUCUGACAUCACUAGCUGAAGAGGAGAACUUUGAGAAUUAUAUAGAAUACAUUCACAAACCCAAAGAGCAUUUUAAUGGCUUCAUUACAAAGGAAGUCAAAAACUUUAUUGAAAAUUCUGCGGAGGUUAUAAAAACCCUGAAAAACAACAUUCAGUCUAAAGGAAAGUGUGUGAUAGAUGCUGUGAAUGAAGCAACAGUGGAGGACUGUGGAGGAAAUCUGGACAUGUGGCUACAGAAUUUGUCCAUUAGGCUAAAAGAUGAGCUUCAAUUUAAAGAACAAGCAUGUGUCGAUCAGAAAGAAAUUACAGACCUUGGAUUUCUUCAAGAGGUUGUAAAGAAAGGUCUGAUGGACAACAUGUCAAAGUUAAGCAGUAGCAUUCAAGAUGUAUCUGUCCUCAAACUUAAAAUGUUCAGGAAAAAACCUGAUCAGAUUCUGAUAGAGCAUCUGUGCCGAUGCUGCUGGGUGCAGUGUCCAUUUUGUAAUGCUAUCUGCACCAACACAAUGGAGGACCACGCUGGAGAUCACAUGGUCCGUUUCCAUCGCAACUGUGGAAUCAAUGGAUGGUCUUUCAUGUUCACAAAUGACCUUGGAGUUGAUUUCUGCACAACUGCCGUUUCUUCAAGUGAUCUGCAUUUUCGUACCUCUGCUGGAGUAUUUGCUUUUAAGGAGUACCGAAAAGCAGGUGGAGAACAUGCCAGAUGGAACAUCACUGCUGAUAACUCUGAGAUGCCAUACUGGAAGUGGUUUGUGUGUAGAUUUCAGGAAGACCUGGAAAAUCAUUACAAAAAAAGAUUCAUGGGUCAUGGGGAGAUUCCACCUGAAUGGAAAAAUUACACUAAAGAUGCAGCUAUUAAGAGCCUCAGUGAGUUAUAGCAGAGCACUGAAAAACCUCAAGAUAUGCAUCCUUUUCAUGCAUCAGCAUAAUACACAUUGCAGGAUGGAAAAACUUAUAGUUGACAGACUUGUCCUUGUUAUAAUUACAAAUACAAAACAAUGAAUUUAUGCAAAAAAAAAGUGGGUAUCAACAUCUAAACUUUGUGAGUACUUUUUAACCUAUAGAAUGUUAAUCAGAAACAUUCUCAGUCUAUAAAUGCAUACUAUCAGGUAUUUCCUGUGAGCUGAAUGGCUCAUUGCUUUUCUCUUUCUCUGAAUAAUCAUUGUAAUGAAAAAUUAAUCAGUUGUUGUGAGACAUGGACAGCAUGGACAGCAGCUGUGCUACUGUUGCUAUUGAGUUUAGCCUGUAUUUAAAGUAUGCAUGUUAACUUAAGCAUGUCCAAUGGAUUACAUAUAUCAGGCUUUAUUUUAUCACAUAACAGUUCAUCUGUGUAAAUAGUCUGUGGACUUGUCUGGUCUUUUUUGGUUGUUGUCUGUGAUACAUGAAACUAAUCAAUACUAUUAUAUGUGUAACAUCGUUUGAA